ACACACGCACUCACACAGGUAGGUAGCAGACAGGUUCAGUCUGGUCCAGAGUGUCUGAGCUCCAGGAGGGUCACCGCCGCCGCAGCCAUGGCCGAAUCCCAGCUCAUGUGCAUGGAGGACGGCCGCAUCGGAACCAACAUCCCGGAGUCCAAACCGGAGUUCUACUACAGCGAGCCGCAGCGCGCGGCCAUCGAGGAGCUGCUGAAGAACGGAGACAGCGCCUUCAAGAUGAGGCUCAAAGAGGACGACACCAAGGACUUCCUAUCCGCCAGAGAAGUCAAACUGCUGGUCACCACUUUCAGAAAGUACGAGUCCUGUGAGGACAGCAGCACCGACACCGGAACCAGCACCGGCAAGGCGUCACCGUCCAAGUCCGAGAAGGGAGCCGCAGGGACCGACGCGGAUUCAGGGGUCCACUCCACCUACUGGCCCCAGAUGUCGGACACUGAGGUACCGCCGCUGGAUAUCGGCUGGCCCAGCGGGGCCAUGUUCAAAGGGGUGACCCGGGUGGCAGUGCACACACACCCGCCCAAAGACAACGGGCCACACAUCAAGGAGGUGGUCCGGCGGCUGAUCCAGGAGGCCAACAAGGUGAUAGCGAUAGUGAUGGACAUGAUAACGGACCCCCACAUCCUGCAGGAUCUGAUGGACGCCGCAAGCCGUCGCCUCGUUCCCGUUUACAUUCUGUUGGAUAGCCAAGGUGUGCCGCAUUUCCUGGAUAUGUGCUGCAGGCUGCAGAUCGGCCAGCAGCACCUUCGGAACAUCCGAGCCAGAUCACUUCAGGGAGUCGGCUUCGCUUUGUCGUUCGGCAGGUUGCCGGGUUCACAGUGUUAUAAAUACAUGCUGGUGGAUGGGGACAAAGCCAUGUUUGGCUCGUACAGUUUCUCCUGGUGUACAUCUCGCAUGGACCGGAACAUGAUCACUGUGAUGACGGGACAGGUGGUUGACUUCUUUGACCGGGACUUCCGUGAGCUUUAUGCCAUCUCUGAGAAGCUGGACCUUUACAAGGAGUUCCACGUCAGCCCACCGGCUCCGACCAAGUCCGAGACAUUACGUUGUAGGGCAGGGAGCAAACGGCCACCCUUACCAGCGACCACAUCCCGCUUCCAGGUUACCUUAGGGGAAUCAAAGAAAGCUGACAUCCAGGUGCCUGCGCACAAAUACCACAACCCCAAAUAUCUUCUUGCAAUGGGAGACCUUCCUCGUGCAUCGGGAUCGCUGCAUGAGUUCAAACCCAAAAGAGGGUCAAUGGUGCUUGGAAGUCCCGAGGGGACAGCUGAGGGAAGGCCUCGAUUGGCCAGCAGUGAAAAGUUGGAGCGGCUUAGUCCGCUCCCUGCAGAAACCCCGAGUGAAGUCUUUGAAGGACCAAAUGGAGUGAAGCCGGAGAAGAAGGGCUGGCCAUGGAAAAAGAAACUCUCAAAAGCAAAAUCAUCCAGCAAGCUUUCAGUUAACAGCCGUGUGGGGAGUACAUGCCCUUCACCCACAGAAACCAAUCGGACUGAUGAGAAUGAAGACAACUUUGAGGUUGUCGUGAAAACUCCACCCAAAUGGAGGAAUAAGAAGUCGUCUAAACUGAGCAAGAGGACAGAAUCUGAGCAGACUGUCAACACUACACUGGACAAUAAGAGUAUUAAGAGCCGGAGUCAUGGAAAAGAGGGUUGUACAGUUUCCUGAAGACUGCAGAGCGAAGCACCACUUUCUUAAGAUGGAUUACAAAGUGUCUUCCUUAAAACUACCUUCACCUUUGAUUGUGCAAUAUUGUUAGUACUUUAUACAGUGCCUUUCUGAGAAACUGAAUGAAUGUAUGGUCCUUAAGGUACUGACACAUGCAGGUUUUUGUAUGUUUGUGUAAAAUUGAUGAUCAAAGUGUUGUGGGAUGUUUUUUUUUUUUAACCCUUGUGGGGUGCGUACAGGUCUGAUGAGAUGAUUCCUGGUGACCACUUGUAUCCUGUUUGCUUUGAACCUUGCUGGGGUUUGAGGGAUGUAGAGGUGACUGCUUCCCUGCUCGACACUGAGCUCACAGUCUUCAGUCUAAAUCACAAGAAUAAAAUAUUGGUCACGUUAAUGCAAACUGAUAACAUUACAUGCACCUGAGCUAAUGUUCAUGUCAGGAGGUGAGAGCAAUGUUUGAGAUGCAUUUCAACAUUUGUAAGUAGGAAACCACUCGAUAUUUUUGACAACAUGUUGAGAUGUUUUCCAGCCGUAUUAGUAGAAACAAAAAAGCUUUUUUUCAAACCAUAACAUGAUCUUUUCCAACCCCAACCAAGAGGUUUUUAUGCUUAAACCUAACCAGGUCAUCAGCAUAACAUUGUCAAAGCACAAAACUGAAAAAAUGAACUUGAAGUUGCCUGAAAGAGAAACUUUGAAUUUGAACAAAUCCAUGUCAACAUUGCCAACAUUUAGUCUCCCAGUUGGGUUGAUUGUUGUAUAUUUAUGGAAGUCCUCUUCGGCUGCAAAGACAGUAUAAAGAAAGUGGUGGUUUGAGGUUACAGAUGAAACACCAAUCAUCCAAAUGGUCGUGAGAUGUACAGGUAGAUUUUCCUGAUCAGGAAUUAUUUGUGACCCCUGCUACAAGAUCCAAAGUACAGUGAGAAGGAACGUUGAUCAUUCUUACUUUUGCACAGCGUGCACUGUUUAAAAAAAGUAAAGCUGAGUUAAUAUCACCUUGUGUUACCCUUUUAGGAAGGUGUUAUAAUGUGUACAGGAUAGAACUGCGAACACUUUUUAUUUUUCUUGUUUAUCUGUGAAAGAAUUUUACUAAGAAUUGUGUUGAUGUCAAUUGGAUGCACUAUGAAGUUGUGGGACCUUUUUUUUCAUUGAGCUCAAUAAAUGGUUUCAGACAAGAGAAA